AUGGGGGUGACACUCAGGGGGGCACCGGGGCCAUAUGGGGGUGACCCUCGGGGGGCGCAGAGGAUAUACGGGGUGACGCUCGGGGGUCUCGGCCUGCAGGCGCAGUACUACGGCACCGUGUCCCUCGGGACCCCCCCGCAGACCUUCCGCGUCAUCUUCGACACCGGCAGCGCCGACCUCUGGGUGCCCUCGGCGCGGUGCUGCCGGCUGCACCUGGCCUGCUGGCUGCACCCCCACUACUACUCGGCGCUGUCCUGCACUCACCGCCCCAACGGGACCUCGUUCUCCAUCCAUUACGGCAGUGGCAGCCUGCGGGGCUUCCUCAGCCAGGACACACUGCAGAUCUCCAACGUGUCCCUGGAGGCCCAGACGUUUGCGGAGGCGGUGGCUCUGCCCGGCCUGACGUUCGCGACCGCGCGCUUCGACGGGGUGCUGGGGCUGGCGUACCCCGCGGCGGCGGCGGGGCCGGCGGUGCCGGUGUUCGACAACAUGAUGCAGCGGGGCAUCUUCAGGAACAACGUCUUCGCCUUCCGCCUGCGCAGCGGGACGUCGGGGGGCGAUGGGGGGGAGCUGCUGCUGGGGGGCUUCGAUGAGGAGCAUUUUGAGGGUCCCCUCCAUUACGUCCCCGUCACACGUCGUGCGUAUUGGCAGCUGCACAUGGACCGG